AUGUCCUUUAACUCUGCUGCUAAUACUACCGCCUCCUCUCUUUCUGCUGAAAGUCUAUCUUCCUUAGAUGCAAAUUCUAAGAAAGAUAUUUCAACUUUCAUAGAGUCUGAAAAUGCCAAGCAAAAAGUUCAAAUGUCUAUCCAUCAACUAACAAAUACAUGUUUUAAGAGUUGUAUUACGAAUGUUUCAGAUCCAGAUUUGAGUUCUCAAGAUCAACAAUGUUUAGCCAAUUGUGUUAAUAGAUUCUUAGAUACUAACAUUAGGUUAGUUAAAGGCUUACAAAACAUCCAAUGA